GUGGGCCAGGCAGGAAGAUGGCGGCGGUAGCGGAGGUGUGAGUGGACCCGGGUCUCUGCAGCUGGAUUUUCUCUUCCCUUUUUCUUCCCCCUUCCUUUUCUGUUUGAGAUUGGCAUCAAGGGGGGUGAGUUCGGGUGGCGGCGCCGGUCGCAGCGCAGGAGUCACGGCAACGGUGGCGGCUGACGGCCGGAGGGACAGGUUUCUUUCGCCGCUUGUCUUCCUUCCCGGGUCCGCUCGGUGUCAGGCGCGGCGGCGGCGGCGGCGCGUGGGGUGGACUUCGUCCCUUCUCCAGCACCCCCCGGUGCCGGAGCGCGCACUCUUCCCUUUGCCAUCCUCCGACGUUUCACUCCGGGGACUGAACGCCUCCUCCGGCGCAGCUCAGGGAGCGGGGGCCGGUCUCCUGCUCUUCAGUCGCGUCUCCAUGUCGGAUAACCAGAGCUGGAACUCGUCGGGCUCGGAGGAGGAUCCGGAGACGGAGUCUGGGCCGCCUGUGGAGCGCUGCGGGGUCCUUAGCAAGUGGACAAACUACAUUCAUGGGUGGCAGGACCGUUGGGUAGUUUUGAAAAAUAAUACUCUGAGUUACUAUAAAUCUGAAGAUGAGACAGAGUAUGGCUGCAGAGGAUCCAUCUGUCUUAGCAAGGCUGUCAUCACGCCUCAUGAUUUUGAUGAAUGUCGAUUUGAUAUUAGUGUAAAUGAUAGCGUUUGGUAUCUUCGUGCUCAAGAUCCAGAUCACAGACAGCAGUGGAUAGAUGCCAUCGAACAGCACAAGACUGAAUCUGGUUAUGGAUCUGAGUGCAGCUUGCGUCGACAUGGCUCAAUGGUGUCACUGGUAUCUGGAGCAAGUGGCUAUUCUGCAACAUCCACUUCUUCAUUCAAGAAAGGUCACAGUUUACGUGAGAAAUUGGCUGAAAUGGAAACCUUUAGAGAUAUCCUAUGUAGACAAGUUGAUACUCUGCAGAAGUUCUUUGAUGCCUGUGCUGAUGUUGUCUCCAAGGAUGAACUUCAAAGGGAUAAAGUGGUAGAAGAUGAUGAAGAUGACUUUCCUACAACACGUUCUGAUGGAGACUUUUUGCAUAACACCAAUGGCAAUAAGGAAAAGUUAUUUCCACAGGUAACACCGAAAGGAAUUAAUGGUAUAGACUUCAAAGGAGAAGCAAUAACUUUUAAAGCAACUACUGCUGGAAUCCUCGCUACACUUUCUCAUUGUAUUGAACUAAUGGUAAAACGUGAGGACAACUGGCAAAAGAGAAUGGAUAAGGAAGCUGAAAAAAAAAGAAGACUAGAGGAAGCAUACAAAAAUGCUAUGACAGAACUUAAGAAAAAAUCCCACUUUGGAGGACCAGAUUAUGAGGAAGGCCCAAACAGUCUAAUUAAUGAAGAAGAGUUCUUCGAUGCUGUUGAAGCUGCUCUUGACAGACAAGAUAAAAUAGAAGAACAGUCACAGAGCGAAAAGGUCAGGUUACAUUGGCCUACACCCAUGGUAUCUGGAGAUGCCUUUUCUUCUGUGGGGACUCACAGAUUUGUCCAAAAGGUUGAAGAGAUGGUGCAGAACCACAUGACUUAUUCAUUACAGGAUGUAGGUGGAGAUGCCAACUGGCAGUUGGUUGUAGAAGAAGGAGAAAUGAAGGUAUAUAGAAGAGAAGUAGAAGAGAAUGGAAUUGUCCUGGAUCCUUUGAAAGCUACCCAUGCAGUUAAAGGUGUUACAGGACACGAGGUCUGCAAUUACUUCUGGAAUGUUGAUGUUCGCAAUGAUUGGGAAACAACUAUAGAAAACUUUCAUGUGGUGGAAAAAUUAGCUGAUAAUGCAAUCAUCAUUUAUCAAACACACAAGAGAGUGUGGCCUGCUUCUCAGCGAGACGUAUUAUAUCUUUCUGCCAUUCGAAAGAUACCAGCCUUGACUGAAAAUGACCCUGAAACUUGGAUAGUUUGUAAUUUUUCUGUAGAUCACGAUAGUGCUCCUUUAAACAAUCGAUGUGUCCGUGCCAAAAUAAAUAUUGCUAUGAUUUGUCAAACCUUGGUAAGCCCACCAGAGGGAAACCAGGAGAUUAGCAGGGACAACAUUUUAUGCAAGAUUACAUAUGUAGCUAAUGUGAACCCUGGAGGAUGGGCACCAGCCUCAGUGUUAAGGGCAGUGGCAAAACGAGAGUAUCCAAAGUUUCUAAAACGUUUCACUUCUUACGUCCAAGAGAAAACUGCAGGAAAACCUAUUUUGUUCUAGUAUUAACAGUGACUGAAGCAAGGCUGUGUGACAUUCCAUGUUGGAGGAAAAACUAAAAAAAAAAAAGAAAAUUGAAUGCUCUAAGCUGGAACAUAGGAUCUAUAGCCUUGUCUGUGGCCCAACACCUUGGCCUUGUAUACAAAAAUGAAGAAAUAUUGCAAUAGUAAAGCUGAACAUCUAACACUAGCUUUCUCCUGCUAGAUCUCUGCACUCAGCAUAUAUCUAUAAAUACAUGUAAAAUCACAUGUACAUGGCUAUAUUUUUAUUUGCUUGCUCCUAGAAGAGAGAAAAAACAACAACUUUGAAUCACAACUAGGAAUUGAUGCUUUAAUUUUUGGAAACUUUUUCAGAAUUUUUAAUUUAGUAUGAUCCGGCCUAAGAUCCUCAGUUGUAUCAGGUUUUGUGCACAAAAGAAAAGCACAAAAGUUGAACACACUUGGGGCAUGUGCUUUCUGUGUACCAAAUAUCUGGAUGGGGUUCUUUUUUUAGGCCUACAGUCAAAUCUGUGUCCAGAAUUUUCUGACUUUUUUGACUUUUUGCUUUGUAUAAUCAUAGAAUUCAUUGCUGCUGAUUUCUGUAAUGAUUCAUGUUAUCAUGUAAAGUGUCUCUUAAUAACUGAGGGCUGUCAAUAACCUGUGAUUUUGCCUUUUCUGUAGUCUUACUCCCAUGAAGAACCAUGGUUCUGAUGGAGCGAGUGAAAAGCUUUAUUUCUUCCCUAGAUAUCUUUAUAUUUCUUGUAUUUUUAGUUGUGUUCUGUGUGCUACAGCUUUUUUUUUUUUCGCUUUUUUUUUCAGUUUGUUAGAAACAUAAUUUGGCAACUCCAAAAUUGGUUCUGCCUGCCUCCAAACAGAAACAUCUGUACAAAUCUUAUGGGUAUAAACUAGUUUCUGAUGAAAUGGUUAGGAUAAAAUGAGUUCAUGUUUUCAUGAAAUUUGUAAGAGGCUAUAUGGCAUUGUUAAGCA